CCAACUCUUUGCCGAAUAACCCCAUAACAAAGCUAAAGCCAAAGCCACGAAAGCAGGUUUCUGUAUCUUAUUAGAUCUCCCUCUGCGCUUCUCCUUAAACGCUCGCUGCCCUUACUCCCUUGCCUCUCCCGCGAUAAUGGCCCCCAAGCUUGUUCAAUCUGCGCUGAAACCCGCUGAGUUCACCAAGCCAGCGACUUUGCCUACCCGGGCUUAUGUCACUUUCUUGGCUGGCAAUGGAGAUUAUAUAAAAGGGGUUGUUGGGUUGGCCAAAGGUUUAAGGAAGGUGAAAACGGCUUACCCAUUAGUGGUGGCGGUUUUACCUGACGUACCAGAGGAGCAUAGGCGGAUCCUUGAGUCACAGGGCUGCAUAGUCCGGGAGAUCGAACCCGUUUACCCGCCAGAAAACCAAACCCAGUUCGCCAUGGCAUAUUAUGUCAUCAAUUACUCCAAGCUGCGUAUAUGGGAGUUCGUGGAAUACAGCAAGAUGAUAUACUUGGACGGGGACAUCCAGGUAUUUGAAAACAUAGACCAUAUAUUUGAUUUGCCUGAUGGAUACUUCUACGCCGUAAUGGACUGCUUCUGUGAGAAGACAUGGAGCCACACCCCACAAUACAAGAUCGGCUACUGCCAACAGUGCCAUGAGAGGGUAGAGUGGCCUGCUGAAAUGGGCCGGCCCCCGUCUCUCUAUUUUAAUGCUGGCAUGUUUGUGUUUGAGCCCAGCAUGUCCACGUACAAUGAUCUCUUGAAGACCGUUAAGAUCACUCCUCCUACUUCAUUUGCCGAGCAGGACUUUUUGAACAUGUACUUUAAGGAUACUUACAAGCCAAUUCCUCUUGUUUACAAUCUUGUUCUUGCAAUGUUAUGGCGUCACCCGGAGAAUGUGAAGCUUGACAAGGUGAAAGUUGUACACUACUGUGCAGCGGGCUCUAAACCAUGGAGAUACACUGGCAAAGAAGAGAACAUGCAGAGGGAGGACAUAAAGAUGCUGGUGAAGAAAUGGUGGGACAUUUACAGCAAUGAGUCACUGGACUACAAGAAACCUGUGGGAGGCGGUGACGCCGAGGCAGUGAACUUGCAGCCGUUCAUUGCAGCUCUCUCCGAAGCUGGUGCUGCUCAAUACAUCACAGCCCCAUCAGCUGCUUGAAGAUGGCAGUAUAUCUAAGAACAAAGGCAAGUCGAUGUACAUGUACUAGUGAAAGUAAAAAGGGAAAGAGGGGGGUGGGUGGGGGUUGCAAUGCCUUUCUCACUGGGAAAUUGGGUGAAGAAAAUGGUGUCAGUGAAGAGGAACAAGCUAUUGAAUUUUUUUUUUUUUUUUUGGGUUUGAAUGGGUCCUUUUCUCUUG